GACAGACGGAUCUCAUGUGUUUAGGGAAGUAGCAUGGAGGGAGCUGAAAUGUUUCUCUAUUGUUAAUUUGAUGCACCAUUAUCUCACUGAAUGUUGAGAUUCAGCUAACAACAUUUUUUGGCAGUAUGGCUUUUGCCAAGUCUUUACCUUCAACGUUAACUCAAGACGACGAACUAAAUGGCGCCAACGUUACGUACACAAACGUUCCUGUUGUACCUGGCAACUCUGCCACUGUCAGUCUCCCACGUACCAAAUUGGUGUGCGUGGAAUAUCCAGGAGUUGUUCUCAAUGUCGACAAGAUGUUGGAUACACUUGGGGGUGAAAAGGGAGUUUCAAAGACAUAUACAGACUCUACUAAACGUCUAGAACUUCGGUAUCGCCCUAAAGACCCAUACUGCCAUCCAGUGUAUGGAAACCGCUAUCCCGCCACUAACCUCCUGCUUCGGAUUCGUCGAAGAGUUCGGAAAGGAAACAGUCAAGACGUGCAAAUCAGCAUGGAAAUUCUGGGUGUGAUUGAGACGACGUACAAGUUUCAAGCAAUGGCAGACAUCCAGUAUCUGGCUGCACACUCAGAAUCAGACAAGUCAUGGACCUCAUUGUACAACAGAGUGAUUCUGCGCCAACCAGAGAAAAAGGAGUUCUUUGACCAGGAUGUGCCUCUCUUUCUCCCUCCACCAAUCUUCUCUCGCCUGGACAGCACCGUGGACUACUAUUACCGCCCAGACACACAGCACAAAGAGGGUUACGGUCCUCCUCUGGCCUCCAGCGACAACUUAAUUGGCUUGAGUCGGGCGCGACGGCCACACAACGCCAUCUUUGUGAAUUUUGAUGACAAGGAAGUGCCCUCCGAACCACUGGAGGCAGCCAAGGUCAACUGGAAGAAAGUCAGCAUCCAUCCCAGUGAGAAAAGGGCAGAAGAAGAGAUUCUAAAGUUGUUUGAGAGAAGGCCCAUCUGGUCGCGCAAUGCGGUCAAGGCCAACAUGGACGUGCAUCCAGAAAAGCUCAAGUUGCUUCUGCCCUACGUGGCAUAUUACAUGUUGACUGGCCCAUGGAGAAGCAUGUGGGUGAGGUUUGGCUAUGACCCGCGGAAGUCUCCAGAAGCCAAGAUUUAUCAAGUGCUGGACUUCCGAAUCCGCUGUGGGAUGAGGCAUGGUUAUGGUGUUGGUGAUAUGCCCGUGAAGGCCAAAAGAAGUGCAUACCAUCACAGUCUGUACACCACACUCAACAAAUCAGGUCCCCAACCGGCCAGCCUGAAGGACAUCACGGAGGAGAGCGUCCCCAGCACCUCCCGCCAGCCCGCGCUGCCCCGCUACAUGCUCAAGGAGUCUGCAUACAGGUUUCACUCCGGGAUGCUGCCACCAUAUAGGCAGAUGUUCUACCAACUCUGUGACCUGGAGGUUGAGGAGUUACAGAAGAUCAUCCACCAAAACGACGGACGGGAGGAGACCUGUGACGAACGGGACGGCUGGUGUGUGACCCGCACGCCCGACGAGCUCCGAGACAUCAUGUCCACCAUGAUCAAGAAUACCAUCCGCGAGUCCAAAUCUGCUGCACUGCAAAAAAAGCAAAAAGGAGGCUCUGAUCCAAGUGGUACCAGCAAAGGAGCUGAAGAUGAGGAGGAAGAUGAAGAGGAAACAGAAGAAUUUCCGGCAUCUGAUGGUAGUGAGAAUGAAAUGGAGACAGAGAUGCUUGACUACAUGUAGACUUAGACCAUUGAAAAAUACGCUGUUUUUUGGUAAGAAAUAAAUUAUGUUUUCUAAAAAUGUAA